AUGACGGUCACAGCAACAGUAGUGAUGGAAUCAGGCGGUGUGGAAAAGCAAAAAAGGACGAGGAAGACACACCAUAAAGUACGGACAGGAUGUACGACGUGCAAGAUAAGGCGGAAAAAGUGCGACGAGACGAAGCCCGCAUGUAAACGCUGUACAUCGACGGGCCGAAAAUGCGACGGAUACGACACACAACCACCGCUUCCAGCUGCGAAGCCCGCAACAACUCAGCCCGUCCGAGAGCCGAAUUCGCCAGACUCCGGCAUCGAUGUGGCCUCGAAUCAUCCCACCAAGUCUGGCACCACGCCCUCCUCUUCCAGUCGCGAAGCGACCCUGCAGUCUGCCGAGCGGGAUAUGAUGCUCAAGCUGUGGCGGCCCCCCAAGUCCGUCUACUUCAGCACCGAGAGCGACUACUACUGCUUUGACUUCUUCCGGAACCGGACUGGCCCCGAGUUCGCGGCGUAUUUCGACUCGUCCAUCUGGCGCUCCUUCAUGAUGCGCGCCUGUUUCUUGCACCCGACCGUCCUGCAAGCAGCCGCCGCCGUGGGCGCGGUGCAUCGUCGUUUCGAGCUGGGCAUCACGUCCCAGGCUUUCACGUUUUGCGCGAUCGCGAAUCGGCAGUACGCGAAGGCGAUGCGCUGUCUGCAGCAGGAUAUGGCGAGCAAGCAUCCGGCGGCGCCGGAAAUCAAUAUGCUCACGCACAUGUUGCUGUCCGUGUUUGAAUCGUUUCAGGGGAACUAUGACAGCGCGCUGCGCCACAUGACCAAAGGCCUCAGGCACAUUCUGCGCCGCCCCACGCGCACCACGCACUCGGAAUCGCACUACAAGGCCGUGGCGGUGGGCUACGCGUCCCUGCACGAACUGACGGACCGGCUCGAGCGCGUGGCGCCCAAGUUCUUCGCCUCGGACACCGUCAUCCUGACCGAGCCAGCCAUCGACAGCGAGGCCACCCCGAUCCCCACGGCCUUCACCUCGCUGCACGAGGCGCGCGACCUCCUCUUCUCGGAGACGGCGUGGAUCUACCGCGCCUGGCACGACCUGAGCAUGGGCGCCAACUCCGGCUUCGCCGCGCAGCACCGCCAGAUCGCGCGCCUGCUGGCCUGGAGCAUGGCCUACGCCGAGUACUCCAAGACGGACACGUGCCGCGCGACGCCCUGGGCGCGGCGCGCCGCCCACCUGCUCAAAGCCUACCGCGAGACGCUGUACCUGGUGCUGCUGACGCAGAUGGCGUUCCACUCGCCCGACACGGGCGAGGAGAUCGUGCCCCUGUGUUUCCCGCCCGAGACGUGCGACUGUCACCGCUCGUGCCGCGACUAUGCGGAGAAGAAGAGCGCGCUGAACGCGCACCUCGCGAGGAUUCUGGUGCUGACGGAGGCGCUGUUUGACGAGCGGAGCUGGUGGGCCUACGAGGAGCAUAGUAUCAGUGUGGAUAGUGGGAUUGGGCCGCCGGUGUUGAUGGGCCAGACGAAGUGUAGUAGUACCAAGGUGAGGCAUCAGGUGACGGGACUGUUGGAUCAGGGGGAGUUGAGGGAUCAGGUUUGGGGGAGGCUGGGCGUAUAUAGCGUGGCGGAGAAGUUGAGCAGUAUUGAGGAGCAUGCGGUCAUUGAGGCGGUGGGGGGGAGGAAGGGGUUGUUGAGGGGGUUGGUGGGCGGUGGGACGUGGGUGAACGAUAAGGCGGGAGGGGGAGGGGGGUGGGGAGGGAGAGGGAGUGAUGGGGAUGCAGCGAUGGAGGAGGAUUGGUUCAAGGGGCAGCCGAAUUGGUGGGUUGGGAGGAAGGGCCUGGGGGAGCCGAAGUGGGUGGAUAUUACGUGCUUUAUGGACGAGGGCAAGUUGUUGGUCAGGCAUUGUCGCGAGGAUGAGUUGGGCGGGUUGGUUUGGACGCAGGAGUGGGUUUCUUUUACGUGA